CGACACAAUGGAUACGCACGUAAAAUGGAGAGAGCGCGAUAGGUUGUCCAAUACCCCACGGUUGGUUAUUGAGCUAGAUGGCAAUUCAACCGUCUGGACGGAGGCACAGAACGAAAACUACUAUUUCAAGGUUUCUCUUCGGAAGCUUCCAAGUGGUGAGCCAGCUGAUGGAGAUGACUUGAAAGACAUCAACCAGCCGCGCUGGUCCCCCGAAAUCGACCCCGGCCGGGACGAUUUCAUCCUUUUGCACCAUGGUCCAGGGAACAGCCUCCAUAGAAUUGGCGUUGAGGGACAACCCAGGUAUAAGACGGACCCAACAACCAUGCAAUUUCCGACCGAGCCGCCUUCGUACUACGCGGCAGAGGCCAAGGAUAACCAUGAUCGCUGUAACAUCAGUCACAGAUUGUCCUUUCCCGAUACCUGGAAAAAGCUCUUACAGCCAGGUCAUACCUACGACCUUCUCUGGACGGGAGGAGAAGUUUCUCACUGGGAUUGGGGCACACACACGGACGUAGGGACCGAGCCCAAGGGGCCACCGGUCAUAGUUCCGGGGGGUGCGCAUAUCACAUUUACGAUGGAAGAAGGGGAAUGGCCUUCCGUUCCACGGCCUGCGACACCACCGCUCAUCCAGGCGAGCGAGAGAGUCCCAGGGGCACCGGUCCUCAGUCUCGAAUUGAGUUGUAGCCCAACAAUGACCCUGACGAGGAUAUUGGAGAGCCGUAUCAGAGUCGUCUAUCACGGUCUCUCAGACAACGAUGAUGCAACAACAGGCGACAAAGGAUCCCAGCCGAUCACCUUCCACACCUAUGCAUUCGAUACGUCAAGAAAAUUCCGCGUCUCUCGCCGUCGCUGUGCAGAUGAAUCUAGCCCGGAGGCGGAGGAGGAAUGGGAGACGUUUAUUGACGAGGGUUGCUGUCAAUUUGGGAUCUGGGACAAUCCCGACAUGUUGAUGAAUGUCUCUGAGAACCCGGACGGCCGGUUUCCGACCCUCUUCCCCGGCGAAUCCUGGUCGGAUGUUUGGACCAUGACGGCGGAUGGGUACUCCCUACCCGAUGAUUUGAAACCCGGCGAGAAGCUCCGAUACCAGUUCGGGGGAAGUACAUUGGACUGGUGGGAUUGGGGAACGGCCGAGGCUCAUGCCCAGACCAUCGUCACGCUCCCUGGCUCAGGAUUGGAACUAAUUACAAACCCCAAGGAUAAUGGCGGCCGGCCGAAGGGUGGUUGUACCGGCAUCGAAUGUUGUGGAGUGGACGGUGGUUCGUGA